AGACAUCUGCAGCACUGUUGCAUAUGAUCCCCUCCCCGGCCGCCCGCUUCUCUAUUUAGCUUGGCAAUCCGGGGCCCAAAUUAGAAAGCGGUCAAGCUAGGCAGCCUACAGAAGGAAGCGAAACCUGUCGUGCUUGCCUCGAGGAAGGAGAUGGGUGUGAGCGUUCGACCUCCCGUGGUGAAGCUUCGGCGGCAUCAGGAAGGGUGCGAGGCCGACGGCGACGUCGCGUCGUUCGCGGUGAUGUACCUCUACGGCGACGUGCUCGAGUCGGUGGUGGAGCGCCUCCCGGCCGCCGAUCUCGCCGCUGCAGCGCGGGUCUCGCGGGAGUGGCUCCGCGCGGUGCGCGCCGCGCUGCGCCGGCGCCCGCGGCGACUGCCCUGGCUCGUCGUGCACCUUCAGGGCCGCGGGCGCCGGUCCGCCGCGGCGUACGACCCGCAUUCAGGCGCGUGGCUCACCGUGCCGGCCCCGCGCCACGCCACGCCGUCGCACGUCCGCCUCGUCCGCGGGGCACGCGGGGACCGCGUCUGCGCGCUCUCCCUCUCGGGCCUCAACGUCGCGGGCGACCCGCUCGGGACGGCCGCGUACGUCGCCCUCAAGGCCCCCGGCGUGUGGCGCGUCGACCCGGUGUUCGCCGCGGUGGGUGACCGCAUCGUCGCGCUCGGCGGCGCGUGCCAGCUGGCGCUGGCCGACGGCGAGGACGCCUCGGCGGUGGAGGUCCACGAGGGCGGCGGCUGGGCGGCCUGCGAGCCGAUGCCGGACGCGCUCCGCGAGUCCGCCGCGGCGACGUGGCUCUCGGCGGCCGCCACGGACAAGCGGGUCUACCUCGUGGAGAGGACCACCGGGUGGGCGAGCUGGUUCGACCCGGCGAACCGGCGGUGGGGCCCCACCCGUCUCCUAGGGCCGGACGCCGCCGUCUCCGCCUGGGGCGUCGCGCCUGGCCGCGCCGGUGACGACGAGCGGCUCGUCCUGUUCGGCGCGAAGCGGGUAGUCAAGGAGGCAGAGUGCAGAGUCGUCAUCCAGGCAUGGGAAGUGGAUGGCGACACUCUGGAGCCGAUCCCCUCCUUGUCGAACGACGCAAUGCCGAGCGAGAUGUCAGAGAGGCUGUUCCCUCGCGACGACGAAGAGGAGGAGGACGAGGAGUACUUUGACGGCACGCCGCUGUCGAUCGGGGUGUGCGGCAACUCCACUGGCGGUUACGUGUACAAUGCGGCCGAGCCAGCGAACGGCGCGGUGCUAUACGAGCUGCGGGAGGGGGAGAAGGCCAAAGGGAGCGGCACCGCCGCCGUGGCGCGGUGGGAUUGGGUGCCGUGCGCGCCCGCUGUGCGGGCCGAGCCGCUGGGCCGCGCCAUCCUCGCGUGCUCGCCGGUGGGGCUGGACGAGCUGGCGCGGGAUGUUGGACCGCGGGACCCACGGGCAUGUAUUACCGCACACUGAAUCUAUUAAUGAUACCAACCGCUCCGAUAUUGCAACUUGCAAGCAAAAGUUCUGGAACGAAAAUAUAUCCUACGAUUUGAUUUGUGAA